AGACCCAGAUCCAAGAUGGCAGCUACCUUGGUGGAGCAUGUUGUCGCUGACGCAGGAGCGUUUCUGAAGAAAGCUCCUCUUCAGGACAUCGGAGCAACAAUCUACACCCUGAAGGACGUGGUGGAGGAGAUCAGAGAUAAGAACACCAGAAGAAGUCUGUCUGUCCUACCAUAUCAGCUCAACUUCAAAGAACCGUAUCCUGAACACAUCCGGUUUGUGACUGAGUUCUCCAAGAAGACGGGGGACUACCCCAGCCUGUCGGCCACGGACAUCAAGGUCCUCGCUCUGACCUAUCAGCUAGAGCUAGAGCAGGUCGGCUCAGACCAUCUGAAGAAGGAGCCAGAAGUCAAGGUGCAUGUUCAGAACACACAGCGGCACCCAGAGGCUCCGGUCAACGUCGCUGGAUUCCACUUCCCGUCAAGAGUAAACCUUAUAACCCCGAAAAAGGCGGGAGACGGCAGACAAACGCCUGCACGCUCGCACUCUGUUCUCCACGCUGAGGAUGGGGAGUUUAACAGUUUCCAGUUCUGGAGGGACCCGCUGCCAUGCAUUGCGUCUGACCUGUUAGAAUGGCUGGACGAUGAGGGCCGCAGGAGCUCUGGAGUGGAAGACCGACCCGGAGCAGGGGAGGAAGAACUGCAGCAGACUGAAUACUGUGAAAGAGAGCAGGGCAGAGAGCUGUCAGAAGAGGACGAGAUAGAGGAGGAGGACGAGGAGGAGGACGAGGAGGAGGAGGAGGAGGAGGAGGAGGAGGACGAUGGUGAGGGAUGGAUAACUCCUAGCAACCUCAAGCAAGUUCAGCUGGAGUCGGGGGACUGGACGGCCCCCGCUGAUAUUAAAGUGGGAUGUCUGACCACUGACUUUGCCAUGCAGAAUGUUCUCAUUCAAAUCGGCCUUCAUGUCCUCUCGGUCAACGGAAUGCUCAUAAAGCAAGCAAGAAACUACAUCCUACGCUGCCACGCCUGCUUCAAAACUACAACAAACAUGACGAAGGCAUUCUGCCCUCACUGUGGAAACAAAACAUUAAAGAAGAUCGCAGUUACCAUCAACGAGGACGGCAGCACGCAGAUGCAUUUCUCCCGGAACCCCAAAGUCCUGAACCCCAAGGGGUUGAAGUACGCUUUGCCGCUGCCCAGAGGAGGCAAACACGCUAACAACCCCCAUCUGGUGGAGGACCAGCGCUUCCCCCAGCAGAGGCUCUCCAGGAAGGCCCGGCAGAAGACCAACGUGUACGACCCCGACUACGUCAGCGGCAGCUCCCCCUUCAGGGAGAACGAUAUCACCAGCCGGGCGGCCAACCUGCAGAUCAGCGACGGCCGGGGCGGGGGGCGACAGAGGACCAACCCCAACGCUACACGCAAGAAAUUUGUGAAAAAGUGAAGACUAUGUGGACCCCUCCUCACAUGUAGAACUGACCUCACACCAACCUUUAUUUUGCAGGUUUCUAAAGUUGACAGGAUUUCGUAUUCUAUGGCAAUACAUUUUGUGGGCUGUCUAUCAGUGUAAUGUAACUUUAUUAACAAUAACCCUGUUUGAAAUAAACACAUUGCUUUCAAAUGAGCCCAAACAACAAUAAAAAACGAUUUGCUUAAAAAAAUUACAAAUAACA